AUGGUAGUGAUGAAAAUGGUGACGGAUCAGAAGGCAAACCAUUCAAAACACCAUUACAAGUAUAUUAAUCUAACAGUUUAUAUUGAUGGAAAAGAUGAAACUAAAGAUAAAUGGGAGUUAUUAUCAAAGGCUCAAUCAAAAAAAGCUAAAACUCGAUAUGAAGAAGAAAAACGAAAUGAAAAAGCUAGAGCUGAACGAGAAGAAAAAGAACGACCACAACGAGAAAAAAAUAUAGAAGAAGCAAGAAAAAUUAUUAUUACUGAAGAUACAUCAUUACCAACAGCAAAAGCACAUAAAAUCAAAGCAUUACAAAACCAACAUGGUGAACGUGUGAAAGUAUUUGGCUCGUGCUGA